AAUUGAUCAGACCGCUUUCAUCAUCGGACACAUACGAUCGCCAAGCUUCAUUUGUCCACUCCCUCCCUAACCUCACAAAAUACAAUAUAUUAAUCGGAGCUAGAUUGACACUUUCAGCUCUCCAACAUGUGGAUCCUACCCUUACUAGGAUAUUUGGGGGUUAUUGUGGGGUUCUCAUUUCUUACUUUGGCCAUAGCUUCUGGGCUCUAUUAUAUGUCGGAACUUGUAGAAGAACAUACUGUUCUCGCCCGUCGCCUUUUGACUCGGUUGAUAUACAGCAUUAUCCUCAUCCAGAUCCUCCUAUUCGUUUUUGACCGGUUUCCUUUCUCUCUAUCUCUUCUUGGCAUCGGCUCGCACAUCGUCUAUGCAAGCAAUUUAAGACGGUUCCCCAUCGUCAAGCUAUCGGAUCCCUUUUUCAUUCUGUCAUGUGUUCUUGUUGGUCUAAACCAUUGGCUCUGGUUCCGUCAUUUCUCGAAACCUCUGCCUGCGUCGCGAGCUGCAUCCAACUGGCGGCAACCAUACCAAAUAAACGCGGAGGACAUGCCGACUUUCACUGAAGUUGCAUCUUAUUUUGGACUUUGUGUCUGGCUGGUCCCUUUUGCGCUCUUUGUCAGUCUUAGUGCAGGUGAAAAUGUCUUGCCCAGCAUUGGGUCCGAAUAUGCCACUGGUGAUCAUGUUUCAACUCCGGGGUUUACUCGCAAUACUUUGACUUCAGAUGGGAAAUCAAAGAACAAGGGCAUGGCAAAGGCUCUGGUGGAUAGUGUUCGAGACUGGGUCAAAGAAAACGGUGAACUGAUGGGAUUCUGGAGAGGUGAACGCUCCAAAAGGUUCUGAGGCGCCACAAAACAAUGUAAUGAGCAUCAUGUUGGUCCGUCCUAGCCUGGUUAAUGUAUUUGUCCUACAAUCACUAUUAACAGCGACAAUAACUCAAAGCAUGAGUGGGUUGAUCUGACUUUGAUCAAACUUCACACGCCUAUAUAGACCUAAGUAGGCGGCAAAAAGUUUAAAUUGUUUAAAGGUGUCAAGAGGCAUUGAUGCAAGUAUAUAAUGG